AUGCAGCGCUUCCGGGUUCGGGGGGGUGGCGCACCGUCAUGUGAUAGAGGCUUAAAGGGGAAGCGGCGGCUGCGGCGGGCCCGUGCGGGUGGGCGCCCAGGGCGGUGGCAGCGCAGGGCGAGCCGGCCGCACGGACAGGACCUGAAGAGGUUUCUGUACAAGAAGCUGCCGAGCGUUGAAGGUCUUCAUGCUAUUGUAGUCUCAGAUAGAGAUGGUGUGCCUGUUAUCAAAGUUGCCAAUGAUAAUGCUCCAGAACAUGCACUGCGACCUGGUUUUCUAUCCACCUUUGCCCUUGCCACAGAUCAGGGCAGUAAACUAGGGCUUUCUAAAAACAAAAGUAUCAUCUGCUAUUACAAUACAUACCAGGUGGUGCAGUUCAAUCGCUUACCUUUGGUAGUAAGUUUCAUUGCUAGCAGCAAUGCCAAUACUGGGCUGAUUGUAAGUUUAGAGAAGGAGCUCACACCCCUGUUUGAAGAACUGAGGCAGGUUGUUGAAGUUUCUUAACCUGAUGGUAUAGCCAGAGUGCAGCAUCCCUCUGCAGCCCAGUGGACAGAAAGAUUCAAUAAUCUUCAGUCAAAUAACAAGUCUCAGAAGAAAUACCACAGCUCCUUAGUAUACUAAGUAAGAGUAAAUUGUACAUAGUACUGAAUCUGAAACUAUCUACUAGUGUGUUGUAGGUGGAUGUUACUUUAGGCCAUGCUUCUUGUAUUGUGCAGUACUGGAGAGACCACCACGAUAGCUCCCAUGGAGUUCAGCUCAGCCAGCUGAGCCAGGUCGGCAUGAUGCUGUUGGCUCAAAUGAGCAGCUCACAGAUCUCUUUCUUUACAGGAAACCAUGCACAUGGUGGGGUGUAUCCUCAGGCCAGAUACUGCUGGGUGUUGGAAAACAGAUUGGUUGUAUAGUAUUAUCAAAGAUGUGGUUGAAACAGUGUUGUGAGAGCAAGUUUACUAGCAGUGAUGUGUUGGUACAAUCAAAAAAUAUCCUAGCUUUCUUAUGUGGGUGAUAACUCUGGCAAGGGAAUGCUACUAAUCUGGAUGUUAGUUGCCUCCUGCUUCCACUAAGAAGAAAGCUAUUUCUAUGAAAGCUGUUGCUUUAGGGGUUUUCAUUAUGCCCAGAUAAAAGCAUCCAAACAAGUCUCACUUCUUCAUGGGGUUUUUGUGUAAUAUGGUUGUGAAGAUCUCAUGUCUCAUAGAUUUUGUGUGGGUUCAUCAUUGGUGACACUCUGCUCAUUUACCCUUAGGUUUUCUGAAGUAAAUAAAAUACAGUAUUUUUAAAUGACA